AUGGCCGACGAAAUAGAACAGAAGUUGGCUCCUUUGCGACUUUUCGUAAAAGAUAGUGGCGAUCUCGUGAGAAGGUUGAAAGAAGAAAACGCUCCGAAAAUCGAGAUCGAUCGAGCCGUCGUUGAUUUGAAAGCUCACAAGAAGAAACUUGAAGAGAUGGAAAUUGCACUUGCUCCAAAAGAAUCGAAUUUUGACCGCGGGAAGUUGGAUGAUCUGUUGAAGAGGCGUUUCUUCUACGAUUUGUCAUUUUCAAUCUAUGGUGGUGUCACUGGACUUUACGACUUUGGGCCAAUGGGUUGCGCGCUCAAGGCCAACAUGAUCAAUGAAUGGCGCAAGCAUUUCAUCCUCGAGGAAGGAAUGCUUGAAGUUGAUUGUACGUCAUUGACUCCAGAACCAGUUCUCAAAGCUUCGGGACACGUUGAUCGCUUUGCUGAUUGGAUGGUGAAAGACGUCAAGACUGGAGAAUGUUUCCGAGCGGAUCAUUUGAUUAAAAACGCAGCCGAGAAAAUGCUGAGUGAUAAGAAGGUUUCCGAAGGAGUGAAGAAAGAAUUGAGGGAUCUGUUAGCUCUCUUGGAAGGAUAUGACAACAAAGAUAUGCAAGCAGCUAUUGAAAAAUUCAACUUCAAAUCGCCUUUGACUGGAAAUGAUCUUACUGAGCCGAUUGCCUUCAACCUUAUGUUUCCAACACAGAUUGGUCCUACCGGUGAUUACAAAGCAUUUCUUCGCCCUGAAACCGCUCAAGGCAUAUUUGUUAACUUCAAACGUCUCCUGGAGUUUAACAUGGGACGAGUUCCAUUUGCAGCUGCGCAAAUCGGAAAUGGUUUCCGCAAUGAGAUUUCGCCCCGUCAAGGCUUGAUUCGUGUCCGCGAAUUUACAAUGUGUGAGAUCGAGCACUUCGUCGAUCCAAGGGACAAAUCUUGUGCUAAAUUUGCGAAGGUGCGCAACUAUCCACUUCGUCUCUUUUCGGCCGAAAAUCAAAUGGGCGGGCAAUCGGCUUUUGAAAUGACUAUUGGGGAAGCUGUUGAUAAGAAAAUCGUUGACAACGAGACUCUUGGAUAUUAUAUCGCUCGUGUUCACAUGUUCUUGGUGAAGGUUGGAGUUGAUCCACAACGUCUUCGUUUCCGCCAACACAUGGGAAACGAAAUGGCUCAUUAUGCUCAGGAUUGUUGGGAUGCGGAAAUUUUGACGAGCUAUGGGUGGAUUGAGUGUGUCGGAAAUGCGGAUCGUUCUUGUUACGACUUGCAACAACAUUUCAAGGCGACGAAAGUCGAGUUGGUCGCGCAAAAAGAUUUGCCUGAGCCCAAGUCAAUCGAUGUUUGUUCUCCUCUUCCAAAUAUGGGUCUCAUAGGAAAAACAUAUCGAAAGGAUGCUCAGAAGAUUAAUGCCGCUCUGGUUGGACUUGCUUUUGAUGUGGCCGUGGGGUUAGAAAAGGAGCUCGAACUCAAUGGCAAAAUCACACUUUCUGUUGAUGGUGCGCCAUUCGAGUUGACUACCGAUAUGCUCAAAUUCAAGCGAGAAACCAAAACGGUGCACGUUGAGGAGUUCACUCCUUCAGUCAUUGAGCCUUCAUUUGGCAUUGGGCGUAUCAUGUAUUCCGUUCUGGAGCACUCAUUCCGCCAGCGAGAGGGAGAUGAGCAACGAUCGUUCCUCGCUUUUCCACCACUGGUUGCUCCUAUCAAAUGUUCAAUUCUGCCAAUUUCAUUUAAUCAACAACUUGUUCCAAUCAUUGAGGCGGUAAAGGAGUGUCUUCAAUCUCAUGAAAUUUCAUGCCGCGUGGACGAUUCGUCUGGGUCAAUUGGUCGUCGCUAUGCUCGUACUGAUGAAAUUGGUAUUCCGUUCGGCAUUACUGUGGAUUUUGACAGUGAAAAGAAGCCAUGGACUGUUACAUUGCGGCAUGCUCUAUCAAUGCGCCAAGUCCGCCUCCAGGUUGAUGAGGUCGGCCCGACAGUUGAGGCUCUUGUGCGUGGGCGUCUUACUUGGGAACAAGCCGAAGAGAAAUUCCCUCGAUUCGAGAGCAAGGCCGAA